UUUACGACCUACUUAAAUAUAUUCAGUUACUUAAAUGAUACUUCUUAGGUUUUAUAUUUUUGUAACAUAUAUCCGUGUAAUAAUUUAAUUAACUAUUCACUCACAAUAAUGCGAUGUUCGUUGAUGUUGUCAUCCUGUCUGAUACUUUCUGCAACGUUGAAUUGAAUGGUCUUCUCUUCUGGAGUUAUCAACAAGAAAGAAUGAUCAAGUCUUCCUUGUUGAUGGUAGCCUCUGACAGUUUGCCUCCUUGAAAAGUGAAUCCUACCGACUGCGCCAAAUUGUUGAGUGCCAGUAUCAGAUUUGAAUCCAAAUGGUUAAUUUGAAUGAAAGUUAAACUUAAUAACGAAAUAUGUCUUUAUUGCAUAUAAAUAAAAGACAUGUAACAAACAAAAUAAGUGGCUGAGUGUCGUGAAAGUGCUCAGUUGUUGAUAGCUUUGGUACAUCUGCCGUUGCUGGUCUUCGGGCUCCCUUAUAUAUUGUGGUGCGUCUCUUGUUUACGUCGUGUUGUCGCCUUCUGGGUGAAACCAGGUGUCCUUGUAGUUGUUGUUACAAAUUCGGAUACGAAUUUGAGAAUGCGCAAAAACAUCUCAAAUGCAUCAUUAGUGUACUGUAAUUAUUGGUGCGCUUACUAUCCCGACACGUGUCAUGGUCAUAGUAGCAUCCGCAUUACCCUCGACACGAGGCAUGGUCAUACUUACUUAGCCUUGAUAUCUCGUAGAUAUCUUACAGAUAUUUCAUAGCCCAUAACAAUGUAAUUGAAAUAAUUAAAAUGCAUAUAAUGUUAUUUUAUAACCUACUUACUUAUUAGAUUAACCGUAUUCAUUAAUUUCAAAAUAAUAUAGUUCAAGAAUUUGAAGACAAUCUGUUACUCUUUAGUGAUGAAAUUUUACAUAACAUUUUAUUUAAAACAUGGGCACAAUCAAUAUUAAUAGAAUGCGGAGAAUUAGUUGAAGAUGGCGACCAUGAAAAUGCACAGUACAUACCUACCGUGAUUCCAUUUAUUCUUAAGUCAUUUGAAUUAUUACCCUUGUUAUCAAAUGUUGUGUUUAAAGCUUUCACGUUUCCGGUAAAACCUGCAAAUAGUAGCGCAUCUGAAGCUAGUUUUAAUAAUGUUAAACAUAGGAUAUUCAUAGAAUUACUGUGUCGAGUAAACGAUUUUAUUCAAAAUCAUUUGGAUUCUUUGGACGGGGCAAUGAUUUUGUACGAAACUAAAGAGCUAGAAUCUCGUAAAAACCAAUUUGAUACAAUGGAAAACAUAGAUAGCUUAAUAAAAAAAGUAACGAAAAAUCUACGAACAAAUUAGGGACAAUUGUAUAGCUUUCGAGGAUACACCAAUAAUAUUCGGUAAUAACAGCUUACCGUUAGUAGUAUUUGAGAAAAUAAAUGAUGACGAAAUAGUAGCAGUAGAAAAUUGGUGUAGAAAAGGAGAGGUUAAGUUAACAAAGAAAAAAACAAACAUAUUUUUCAAAUGAUUCGAACGCUUUAUAUGUAGAUCUUAAUUCUCGAACAAAUAGAAAGUCUUUAGGUGUUAUUUUAAAUGGUAGUUCGAAUAAAGUGAAAUGCAGAAUAAUUAAUAAGAAUAAAAUUGAAUUACUAAAUACAUGUGGGUUUGAUACUUUGGUGCAACUGUUUGCUUGUGCAACAACGGACAGUACUUAAUUUGGUAAAUAUAUUUUUGAAUAAUAAAAUAUAAACAAAAAAUGGUGCAACUAAUAAAGUAUAUGACUUGAGAGUUAACAUUUUAUAUUAUAUAUUUUCACACGAUGAACUUUUACGAUCUAUUGUACGAGUUGGCUGUCACUGUCAUGUAAGGGAAAUGGUCAAUAAAGUUUUGAAUGAGGAAAUUAUGGCAGAUGAAAUCUACCCAGCAAACAUACAGAGUCUACGUGAUGUCUUUGAUAUGUCUAAACGUCUAUGUAUAAGUCUAUAACGUCUACAAUCUCAUGUAUGUAAUUUGCCACUUAAUUCCUUAGAAGAUGUUGUUGAGUUGAAAUGGAAAAUAAAUUUAAAGAUCCAGCAUCACAGCAUUUAAUGAAAAAUCGCUUAAAGGCCCCGUCAAACAGAGCGCGUUAUUCACGCGCGUGAAAACGUUAUUAACGUCGCGUUAUAGACCGUCGCGUUGUAUUCAAUUAAAAAUCAUAUCGACCGUCAAACAUGGCUGGUCAGCGUGAUUAACUCGCCGGUAGAACGCGACGUUGUACAAAAUUACAAAAUCAAGAGCGAUACAGCGUUUAUUUUUGGCGAGGAGUACAUAUCGUAGGCGCUACAAAACAUCCCAAUCAAGGCCCCCUGUUAUUUAUAUUAUAAAUAUAAUAUAUUACAUAUUAUUAUAUAAUAUAACAAAAACAACUACUAUUUCGAUUCAUUGUUGCAAUAGCUUUCGUUCCGUCGUUGUCGAUCAAUAUUGCAAUAUGGCAGAACAACUCAUAGAAUUGGUGAGAAAAUAUACGUUUCUGUAUGAUACUAAUAACAAAAAUUAUAAGAAUAUUGGUUUGAAGGAUGAGACUUGGAAAAAUAUUGCAAACGAAUUGAAUGAAAAUGGUAUUAAUAAACAGCCUGCAGUACCAACAGCAGCACCAGCAGCACCUUUAGUACCAACAAUACCUGAAGCAAUAAAUGGUAAUAUGUUUGAAGACAGUGACGAUGAAUUGUGUGUUCAAUUGUUGAAUGAGGUUGAAAAUACUGAAUUAUGUAAAAAUGACAAUAAUAUAAUGUUCGAGGACAGUGACGAUGAAUUGUGUGUUCAAUUGUUGGAAGAGGUCGAAAAUAGUGAAUUAUGUAAAACUAAUGCCAAACAACAGGACAUGCUUGAAAUAGCCCCCAACAUUUUCGUGGAAAAUAAUCCAGCUGAAACGUCUAACAAAAGUAAGCGUGUACACGUUGGCACCACGGUCGGAACAAAAGAAAAAAGAAAAAAAGCGAAACUAAUAGAACCAGCAACUGAAACUUCACUUUUAGAAUCAAAUUUGUUCAGCAUUUUUAAUAAGAAAAAUAGAUUUAUAAAAAAGUAUAAUGCUUAUAUGAUUGACUAUAGUAUAACAUUAAAACCUGUGCCGGGAAAUUAG